UCACUUCCUGCCAUCCGGGUGGAGCUGAGUCUGUCUGUCCUGUGGAGUUGGAGGUGGAAAGCACCUUUGGACUUGGUCCCUGUCCUUAAACGGAUGGUAGCUGCUGCUGGUUAUCUAACACUCCCCUCUGUCGGAGAGGUUUGAGCCGGAAAUCUCCUACUCAAUGCCAGGAAUAAAGCGGCAGGGACGAAGUCAGCAGAAAUGAAGACAGGAUUUUGGCUUCGGGAUGCAAGAAAGCAUCUAUUUACAUGGCGAACCUGCAGUUCUCUACAAAACAACUCAGCACUCUCAGAAAGAACUCAGAUGUGGAGAAAUUAUAAAAUAAAAAUCCAAAGAUUAACAACAUGCAGCGGACAUUGCUAUUCAAGUAGGGAUUCUCAAGUUUGGCGAACCUGUGUUCAACAUAGUUUAGAAUUGGUACCAAGCACCAGACAUCAUUCAACCUUCAGAACUGUUGUACACAAUGCAGGACCUCCAUCAAAAAGAGCGCCAACAAUCAAAGCAAGCACCCUCUCCAGCCUGUUAAACAGAGGCUUUUCUUACAACAGCAGAUAUAUGCCUGCUUGUGUUUUGUCAAAGAAAGCUUUUAUUGCUGAAGAAUUUGCUGACUUGUCUAGAAAUUUUCAUGCAUCUUCUCGAGUCUUAGCCAUACCAAUCCCUCUGCUCUUGAUUCUACUGAAACCAGUGAAAAAGUUGACAGCGAUGCUUCUUGGCAGGAGCAUACGGAAAUGGUGGCAGGCUCUUCCCCCUGACAAACAGGAGCUACUUAAGGACACUGUGAGAAGGAACAAGUGGAGAAUUUUAUUAGGCAUAUGCAGUUUGUCAGGUUUGAUUGCAAUCUAUUUCUGGAGUCACUUGGACAAGAGUCCUAUCACAGGACGCACUCGCCUACUGAUGUUCAGCAAGCGACAGUUUCUGCAACUAGUUGAAUUUGAGUAUCAGACGGUGCUAGAGAGCUACAAAGAUAAAUUUCUGCCUGUGACUGACCCACUGUAUGAGACCAUUCAGUUUGUUUUCAACCAGUUGAUUGAAAAAAACAAAGAUAUCCCAGGAGUUUCUGAAACUAAGUGGAGUAUUAACGUUGUUGAAGAUUCAGAGAUAAAUGCCUUUGUCAUGCCAAAUGGGCAGGUAUUCGUUUUAACUGGGCUGUUCAAAGCAGUUGCAGACACUGAUCAACUGGCAUGCAUUCUAGGCCAUGAGAUGGCUCAUUGUCUCCUUGCGCAUGGGGCAGAACAUGCAAGUAUAAUUCAGCUCCUAGAUUUCGUCUCCCUUGUUUUCUUGACACUUAUUUGGGCGGUGUUCCCACGGGAUAGUCUUGCUGCUCUGGGGCAGUGGAUCCAAAGCAAACUGAUUCAGUACAUGUUUGAUAGACCAUACAGCCGGAAAUUAGAGAUUGAGGCUGAUGAGGUUGGACUACGACUUGCUGCUAAGGCAUGCAUAGAUGUGAGGGCAAGCAGUGUAUAUUGGCAACAACUGGAAUUAAUGAAAAUUGUUUCUGGAACAUUUCAAAUUCCUGAAUGGUUUUCCACACAUCCGUCAAAUGAUCGUCGAGUUGAACAUCUGGACAAACUAAUACCUGAGGCUAUCAAGCUACGAGAAGAUUGUAGUUGCCCUUCCUUACCAUCUGUAGAUCCACGACUGGUCUUUAAGCUCACUGUGCAAGAGAUGUUGAAGCUUUCAAAGAAGAGGGAAGAAGCAAUCAGCACAGAUUCUGGAACUAAGCAGCUACCUCAGUACCAUGAACCUGCUCCAGCCACAGUCGAGAGAAUACCAACUGUUGUUUCAAUACAGGCACUCCAAAAUCCACAAAAAAAGUCAUAAAUUAUUCCAUUUUUAUUCAAUAUCAUGGCAUGAAAAUCAGCUUUUUGUGUUUUUUUUAAACUGUAACAGUGAGAAGUAGAAAUGCUCUGAGUCGAUCAUGGUCCCAAAGCAAAUAUUCAACCUGCCCCUGAAUUUCAAGUUGUCCUCUAAUUGUUUCCUUAAUUAGGUCUAGUUCUAUUUUGUCUGGAGCAUAGCUAAACACAGUAACAAGCCUGUUUUGCUUGGAAAAAUAUAACUUGCGUUGCGCAUUUUUGAUGACAAAAUAUUGUCUCUGGUGUGAUCCUUGGAACCCUGUUGCUCCUUGGCUAUAAAGGUAUUGUGGCUAGUGAAGCCCUCUUUUAAGGAGACUGGGUCAAAAGUAGUAACCAUGAAAAAUAAACGGUAAAAGAAUUAGGUAAUGUAUGUGAAUAACAGAGGGGAUGGUACACAGUGGUAAUGUUACUGGACUAUUAAUCUAGAAGCCUGGACUAAUCCUGUGGAGACAUGAGUUCAAAUCCCACCACAGCAGCUGGGAGAAUUUGAUUUCAAUUCAGUAGUAAAUCUGAAAUAAAAUGCUAAUCAGGUUAAUAAUGAUCAUGAAACUAUUGGAUUGUCGCUAAAAUCCAUCUGGCUCACUGCUGCCUUUACCCAGUCUGGCCUACAUGUGACUGUAGACCCACAGCAAUAACACUCUUUAACAGCCCUCUGAAAUGACCCAGCAAGCCACUCAGUUUUAGGUGGCUCACCACCUCCUGCUUAAGGAAAGUUAGAGAAAAGUGCUUGGGCUUGCCAGUGACCCUUAUACCCCCAAGAAGAUUUUUUUUAAUGCAGUAUGCAGGAGCAUAAGUUAUGGGGGCAGAGAAAAUUCACCACAAAGAAGAAAAGUAAACAAAUCUGCAUUUAGAUAUUAAUUGUAUGACAAUUAGAAUCACCAUGGUCUAAUGGAAAUGCCACUUUUAGAGCUAUCCUUCUUAACAUAUCAGAUCCUGGUGCGUUCAAAUAAAAACCAAACAUUAACCUGCAAGUAAAACUUGAAUUUGCCAGCAUCAUUUUUUAAAUGUAGUGCUGAAUUAUUCUGUUUCUUUUGCUGCUUCCAUGCCAGUGUAAAAACUAGGAUUCUUCUGUCAAUGGAGCAACUGCCUCUGCUCUCCUGCAACUUCCAGAGAACAUGUGAAAAUCUCUCACUUCCACCAUAAGUUUUAAUGUAAGAUUAAGAACCGGGGAAACAAUUCUUCUACUCAUUAGUGCACUUUCACUGGGCUAAACAAGUAUCGUAUAAAAUGGGUUUUCUAUUAGCUAUUUGCUCAUCAAUGGCAAUGAAGUUGCAGAAUUUCUUAAAUAUUUAAAGGAAAAGAAAUAUAUUUUUUAUGAACUACCAGUAUGUGCCUUUUUCAUUUACUUUGCAGGUACUAAUGAAUGCAUUGUUUACUCAAGACAAACAGAAUUUUGUUGUUAAAAUAAAAGGUGUGCAACAUUGGGCAGGUCCUAUACAGACAUAUGUUUCAGGAAUAUUUUACUGCUUACUUUUUCAUUGUUAAUAGGCUGUAAAAUCAUUGUUUUUUUACAUUCAGAUUGUUUUUGCUAGAAUUUUUGCCUAUUUCAUGGUGCAUUUGCUGCUGUACUUUUAUUAAGAACGAGUUAUGAUGUUGCCAAAAAGCUGAUAAAAUAGUAAGCUCCAAAUGACUUAUUUCAUUAAAAAUUAUUUGUCAUCA